AUGCCACAUACUGCUGCAAAACAGCGUAUGAAUAGUGACAAUUCUGAUAAACAUGAACGUUCGGGCAGUACUGCAUCCGAGGACCGUGACACGAUGACAACAUACUGGAAACGAAAUUCCAAUCCAAAUUUGGAAAACAUGAUGUUAGAUACGAAUGCUGAGAAAUUAAAUCGAAUCGAAUUUCCAGAAAUUUUAGAAUGUAUACCAGAUUUACAUGAAAAACGUGUACUUGAAUUAGGAGCUGGCAUCGGUCGUUUUACAAAAACAUUUGCUCAACUCUCAAAAUCUGUUAUUGCUGUAGAUUUUAUGGAGUCAUUUUUGGAAAAAAAUCGAGAAGAAAAUAGUCAUUAUGGAAAUGUUGAAUUUGUACAAAUGGAUGCAACACAACUCGAAUUUGAACCAAAUAGCUUUGAUCUAGUGUUCAGUAAUUGGUUAUUAAUGUAUCUGAAUGAUGAUGAAGUAGAAAGUCUCUUACAAAAAAGUCUAAAAUGGUUAACUCAUGGUGGUGCUUUAUUUUUUCGUGAAUCAUGUUUUCACUCAUCAGGUGACAUAAAACCGGAAGAAAAUCCUACCCAUUAUCGUUCACCACGUCAUUAUAUCGAUGUGGCUCAAUCAAGAGUGUUACAAGAAGAUAAAAACCAGGAGCCAGAAGUUUAUGAAUUAGUGUUUGCUAAAGCACUUGAAUCUUAUUAUGAAAUCAAAAAUAAUAAUAACCAAGUUUGUUUCUUAUUCAUGAAAACAAAAUUACAAGAUCAUCAUGGUUAUAAAACGUUAAAUGAUUUUUUGGAUAAUAGUGAAUAUGCGGAAAAAAAUAUAAAAAAAUAUGAAUCUGUACGCGGCGAAGGUUUUGUGACAAUUGGUGGUAUUGAAUUAACAAGAGAGCUUAUACAACGAUUGAAUUUGACGUCAAAACAUCGUUUAUUAAAUUUCGGAAGUGCUACAGGAGGAAGUACGUUCGUUAUGGCAAAGGAAUAUAAUUGUGAAAUUGUCGGUGUUGAUAUCUCAGCGAAUAUGAUAGGAAUUUCUUGGGAUCGAGCAUUACAACAACAAAAGGGUUAUAAAAUACGAUUUGAAAUUGGAGAGGGUACAAAAAUGAGAUUUCCCCCAUCGAAAUUCGAUGCAAUUUAUAGUCGUGAUGUCAUAUUUCAUGUUGCUGAUAAACGUACACUAUUAAAUAAUUUUUAUAUGUGGCUGAAAGAAGGAGGCAAAUUGUUAAUAACAGAUUUUUGUUGUGGUGAUACAGCUUGGUCGCAAGAACUCAUCGAUUACGUUCGCUUAGGAGAGUAUCAGCUGACAAAAAUGCAAGAUUAUGCAAAACUACUUGAAGAAUGUGGAUUUACACAAGUAAAAGCUGAAGAUAGUUCGGAUCUUUAUCAACAAUAUUGCAAAAAAGAAAUGAAAACUGCUGAAGAAAAUCGUUCGAAACUACACAUGAAUAUAACUCGUCCCGAAUUGGAUGAAUGUGCACGUCAAUGGAAACUAAAAUUUUCAUUGACAAAUUCUGGACAGCGACGAUGGUGUAUAUUUGAAGCUACGAAAAGCUCAUCAUCAUGUGUAGAAACAAGUGAUGAUCAAUGA